AAUCAAACAAAAACCGUUUUCAAGCAAGCACCUUUCUUCUUCUAAACUGCCAUGGAUGCCGCUUCGUGCUCAGUUCUCCGAGCUCAGCCCUUUUCUUCCGCCGUUUUCCCGCCAAGUAACAACCCCACCGCCCGCUUCUUCGCCCUCCCCAAGAACGACCCCAACUUGGUCCCUUCAUUUUCGUCCACUUUCCCAAGAAACUCAACUUUUCCCGGAAAAUGCCUGCACUUCGACCGGUUCGCCGUUUUCAGCUGGCUAUCCGGCGCUCAAGACCAGAACCCGUCUCAGGAACUCGCUGUUCUCCUCGAAGUCGACGGGGUUCUUAUGGAUGCUUACCGGCUGGGGAACCGCCAAACCUUCAAUGCAGGUGAGAAAAUGCAGUAA